AUGGCUGACCACAGAUCUGAUGCCGUACCGGAAGAAGUGAUAUCGAAAUUGAUUGAAGAUGCUCUUGCAGACCCAGGACUACCGCGAGCUCAACCCACAGAGGCGUUCUGGCAGAUACCUGCUUCUGACAUAUCAACCAUCCAGUCGGCAGAACUUCCAUCGAAGACGAAAUACGCUAUCAUUGGAUCUGGCAUAACAGCAUGUAGUGUUGCUCAAAACAUACUCACACUCACGCGGUCCGACCCUGAUGCUAACGUCACUGUAUUCGAAGCCCGUACACUGUGCAGCGGUGCCACUGGACGAAAUGGAGGACAUCUUUUAUCCCCAAUGCCGGAGGAGUUCACCCGAAUCGAGAAGUACUUCGGAGUGAAAGAGGCAACCGGGAUUGCUGAGUUCGCAAACAUGACAUUGGAUCGUAUGCAUGGAUUGAAUCGCCAGGAUGACUUAGCCACAGGGUUCGGGGCAGAGGUGCGGCGGGUACGAUCAGUCUGCGGGUACUGGGAUGAGGAGAUCUUCGAAGCGGCGAAGCAGAGUCAUGCACGGUAUGAGCAGUGCUUACCGAAGAAAAGUGGUGACCACGAAGCCUUUGGCCCUGAAGAGGCUCGGGAAAAGUUCAAUAUGAAGGAUGCGGUUGGCGUCAUUACGAGUAGUGCUGGUGCUUUUUGGCCUUAUCGAUUGAUCACUGGACUUUUCAAGCGGCUACUGGAACAGUACACGGGCAGAUUUUCGUUCGAGACCGAGACGCCGGUGACUUCUGUGAAGCACCAUCCUGCGUCAAAUGCUGAGUACCCGUACAUACUCACGACACCUCGAGGCACCAUUCGUGCCACGAUGGUGAUACACUGCACAAACGGCUGGACCGGUCAUCUCCUACCAAAGCUUCGCGGUAAGAUCUUCCCACUACGAGCCACGAUGUCAGUCCAAGCUGCUGGACCGGACUUCCAAAACGAAGGCAAUCACAAGUCAUGGUCUACCAUUGACAAGCCUACAUAUGAUGCAGCAGACAACACGUUAUCUUACGGCCUCUACUACAUUACGCAGAACGCCCAUACCGGAGACAUUUUCAUCGGCGGCGAGAAGCAGUUCGCUACUGAGGUCCUAUCCAGCGACGACACAAACAUCAGCACUAUCUCGAAGGACAAGUUGGAAUCAGUCCUUCCGACAAUCUUCGAGCAAGGCUGGCCACAAGGCGGGAAACCCAAGGUCAAGUCGAUCUGGUCAGGCAUCAUGGGCUUCACGCCUGACCACCUGCCGUGGGUCGGUCAGAUCCCGGAAACAUAUACGGAGUGUGGGGCCAAUGGGGAGUACAUUGCUGCUGGCUUUAACGGAUAUGGGAUGCCACUUUGUUGGGGCUGCGGUGAAGCUCUAGCGAAGAUGGUGGUUGGUGAGAAUGAGAACUUUGAGAAGAAUGCCUGGCUGUCUUCGUUACCGGGCAGCUUCUUGAUUACGAAGAGGCGUCUGGAGAGUCCUUAUACAUCGAUAGAGGCGGGGAUAGCCGGAUUGUUGGAGCAGCCGUUGACCUGGGCUGCGACUUUGAGGUUGCUUUGGCAAGGACUUAGAUCUAUUAUGCAUCAGAAUCUGUUGGCGAAGUUGGGAUAG